GCGCUCGACGAAGCAGGCGGCGGUCGGCCCGGGGAGCCCGCGCCGGGCGACGACGCGAGCGUGGGAGGGCUGCGCCAGAUCCAGCUGGUGGGCGGCGGCAUGAUCCACGCCGACGACGACACGCCCAGCCGCGAGACGCUGCUGCGCAUCGACUUCCUCGAGGACCACGUCAAAUACAUUUGGGCUACACUUGAAGAAAAGGAUACUGAGGGCAAGCCUUCAAUAGAAUGCUGUGAAGAACUGAAAGAGCAACUUGUCAAAUUGGAGAGAAGAGUAUGGGAUAUGGAGCAUCGCCUAGCCAACAUUGAAAAGAAACUCUCAGGCCAGACCGCUCAGAGACGAUGGGACCAUUUCGAAAAAGGAGAAAAGGUCGAUUUCGUUGAUCCCGCGAAGUUUAAUAAACUGCAAGGCAAAAAUGAAGAAUUAUCAGAACAAAUACGCAACAUACAAGCAGCAACGACACAACAAAUUGAGAAUGUGCAAGAGCAGGCUAAUGACAUUGAACGAGAGCUUGGACUCUUGGUAGAAAGAGUUAAUGCUGGAGCUGUUGGUGCAGAAGGUUUUGCUCAGGACUUCUCUGGCAUGAAUGAACUCUACAACAAGAUUCAAAUGAUACAGUGUGAUAUGGAAAUAAUAUCAAAUACUUCUGCAAGACUAAUGGAAGAGAGGGAUGAAAGAGCCAAUCAGUUGCAAUCUCUUGCAGUACAACUUGAAACACUGAGGAACAUCAAAGCAGAUCGGGAAGAGCUAGAUGAAGCAUUGCUUGACAAGGCUGACCAAAUUGCGGUCAACAGGAAAGUGUCUCAUGACCAAUUUGAUAGCGCAUUAGAAGACUUGUCCAGAGGUUUGGAAGACGCUGUGACAAAGCUUACACAACAAGAGGCACUUUGGCAACAGGCUCUCGAUGAAAUUCAAAAUGAAAUUGGAAAUAAACUCGAUAGGCAGGAAAUGGGUCCUCUGAAAGAAUUCGUGAAUAAGAAACUUAAAAUGUUACACGAAAGAUUGAAGAAUUUAGCAAAAGUAAGGAAGCAAGCAGAAGCAGCAGGCACAAAAAAGAAACUAUUUACAGAUGUCAACUGCAUAUCAUGUGAUGUUGAUGCUGUGAUGAAAACUGAACUUGAAGGAAAUGUUCCUAUUCCUCCAGCGUUACCUCCUCAUCGAAGUAUGAAACCAUUCUUAACAUAUGAAUUGGAUAUGAUAAGAAAAGAACACAAAAAGUUUCCUCCAAAAAAUUUGGUUCGUUUGGAAGAAGCACUGAUUAAUGAACAGAAAUCUAAAACAAGGACUGUAGAAGGAAAAACGUCUAUAGGAAAAAGGGAUCAUCUGUGCAAUCGUUAUUGUGGAGGCAGUCACACAACGACAACGCCAUAUCAAAGAGUCACAAGAGUGGGGCACUUUGUGACUUGUCAAGGAACAGGAUUAGAAGCGGUUCAGCUCUCCCCUGAGCGAUGCCAACCAGUACAAGACACUUCCGGGAAGGCAGAUAAGGGCGAUACCAAGAGACAUUCUCAGCCAACAAAACCCAACAAGAAAUAA